AUGCAGAACAAAACAAUUGCUUUUAUAGGAGAUUCUUUAGGUCGACAGCAGUUCCAGUCUUUGAUGUGCAUGGCCACUGGAGGGGAAUAUAGCCCUGGGGUACUAAAUGUGGGAAAGGAAUAUGGACUCAUCAAAGCUCGUGGAGCCAUUCGUCCUGAUGGUUGGGCUUACCGAUUCCCUAAAACCAAUACCACCAUUCUAUAUUAUUGGUCAGCUAGUCUUUCGGAUCUGGUGCCCCUUAAUGCCUCUGAUAUCGCCAUGCAUCUGGACCGUCCACCAGCUUUCUUGAGAAAGUAUCUCCAUCGUUUCGAUGUAUUGGUUCUCAACACUGGACAUCAUUGGAACAGAGGGAAGCUGAAGGCAAACCGGUGGGUGAUGCAUGUAAAUGGAAAGCCUAACGAAGAUAGAAAACGUGCAGAAAUUGCGAAUGCCAAGAAUUUUACGAUACAUAGUAUUGUCAAGUGGGUUGAUUCACAGCUUCCCUCGCAUCCUCAUCUCAAAGCCUUCUUUAGGACUAUCUCACCAAGGCACUUCCUUAAUGGUGAUUGGAACACGGGGGGUAGUUGUGAUAGCACAACUCCGUUGUCUAGUGGAAGCGAAGUGGUUCAAGACGGUUCGAGGGAUUCGGUUGUUGAAGGUGCUUUAAAGGGUACGAAGGUAAAGAUUUUAGAUAUCACUGCCCUGUCUGAACUGAGGGAUGAAGGUCACAUCUCCCGCUACAGCAUUAGAGGAACUCCUGGCGUAAACGACUGUUUGCAUUGGUGCCUACCUGGGAUUCCCGACUCGUGGAAUGAACUACUUAUCGCACAACUAUAGGGCUCGGACGCAUCAUCCAGGCAAUGCAGAUGCUAAAAUCUAGAGAUGGAAAAUGUUUUUGCAUAUAGGUGUACAAUCUAAAAAAAAGAAAAAAGUUUUCAUAAGAAUAGAGAAGCAUCGAUUGCUGCAGCUUUACCCUAAGACCGGAAUGUUGCUAGCUGUUCUAUAGAUGCUGUCUGUCUUGUUGCCAGCUUUACCCCAAGACUCAAUUACGAAAUUUCUCUCCAGUGCGGAUUAUGUACCAUUGAGAGUGGAUCCAAGUUUUGUUUCCAUUUUUUUUCUUUAAAUAACAUUCUAGAUUCUCUACAAAAGUAUAUUUAUGUAUAUCAGGUUCGGAUUUCAUCCAGAGACGAAAAGUUUCUGGCUUGUAUUGCUCGUUGUAAUUGUAAUUUAUUGGUCAAAAUUUGUCCUGCUCUUGUACAAUUUUAAGAUGGCAAGAUAGAAGAUCUUUAUCUA